GUUGAAUCAUGUGCUCCUGCAGCAGCAGCAAUAUGGCGGCACUGAAACACAGCAGAAGCUCCUGCUGGAUCUGUGCUGUGUUCCUGAUGCUUGCGGCUCGAGUCGUCGCUCAGACGGACGCCAGUAAUGUGCAGACGGUGGCCGACGCGAACUGGACGCUCAUUCUGCACGGCGAAUGGAUGAUCAAAUUUUAUGCUCCGUGGUGUCCGGCCUGCCAACAUUUACAAACAGACUGGGAGAGCCUUGGAAGACAAAGCGAAAGUCUGGGAAUAUCAGUGGGCAGGGUUGACGUUACACAACAACCAGGUCUGAGUGGGAGGUUUCUGGUUACAACACUGCCGACUAUAUUUCAUGCUAAAGAUGGCAAUUUCCGCAAAUAUGUUUCAUCACGGACUAUUGAGGAUAUCCAGGCGUAUGUUGUGCAGAAGAAGUGGGAAAUGGUUGAGCCGGUGCCAGGAUGGAGGUCUCCAUCCUCUCUUCUAAUGUCAGGAAUGGCUAAUCUCUUUCGUCUCUCCGUGUGGAUCAGACAAAUCCACACGUACCUGACGAAUACUCUCGGUAUCCCUUCCUGGGGCUCUUAUGUGAUUUUUGCCAUCAUUACGCUCUUUAUGGGACUGAUGCUCGGCCUGAUGCUGGUUUUGAUCGCUGACUGCAUUUGGCCGUCCAGACCCAAGCGCAGAGAAAAAACAGUUGUGAUUGUGAAGGAGGAAGUCUCAGAGGAAGAGGUGGAGGACAUCCUGACGGAGGAGAAACACGCAUCUGACCUGGACAAUGAGAGCGAGCGAGUGUCUGGUGACGAGUCGACCGAAGAGGAAGGAGCGAUGAGCGAUGGAGCCACCGCUGGCAGUGACCAGCCUCCGCCAGAGGGGGCAGCAGAGAGUUCAGUGAGGAAACGCAAACCACUGGAGAAGAACACUACCGAUGGAACAUAAAGUCACUGCAGUUGCCACCAAAACAAGAGGAAUCUGCCAUAUCUGUACGAUAUGCAAAGCAACGCCAGCUAUCAGAUGAUUUCUGCUGAUUUCAUACAUGCAGAACGUGGUUUGCCCAUUCAGUGCUUUCCUCGCGUUUUACCUGCGGUUUCGUUUUUAAGAAUAGUUGCUUAAAUUAUUUGCUGAAAGAUACCACACAUUGACAGUUUCAUAUUUUCUAUAAAUGCCAAAAAUAUGAAUGUGCAUAAAUAGAAUAAUUUAAUGCUGAGGUUGCAAAAAUACCAUGUUUACAGUGUAUUAGGAUGAAUAUCUAAAAAAGGCUCUUAUUUCACUUUAAAAUCAGAAGAAAAGUGCAACCUAUUAAUGUAUAAUUAAUAGUGGUUAUUCUUUUUUUUUUUUUACAUUUUGACAUUGUUGAUGCUGAUUAAGCACAUACAGCAUCACAUGGUGCAUAUACUGUACAUGUGACACUGAAGACUGGAGUAAUGAUGCUGAAAAUUCAGCUUUGCAUCACAGGAAUACAUUACUUUUAAAAUAUAUUCAUAUAGAAAAUAAGCGAUUUUAAAUAUUAAUAAUUUUUCACAAUAUUACUACUUUUAGUGUAUCUUUAAUCAAAUAAAUACUGGCUUGGUGAGCAGAAGAGUCUUCUUUCAAAAAUCAUAAUUAUUGCAAACUCUACACAGUGGUGUGAUUAAUGCAUUUAAAUAUUAAAAUAUGUAUCUUUUUUUCUUCACUUUUUUAUUAAUUGUGUAAUUGUUAUUUUUGACUUGACUUUUUUUAUACUGUAAUGCAGUACACAAAUAUUGUGUUCGAGUAAUAUAAAGAACCGAAAAUUGCAGAACUCAAAAAAAAAAAAGGUACUGGUGUGUUACAAUAUUACAAUUUUUAAGAAAUGUGCUUAAUUGUCAUGAAAAUGUUGCAAUGCAAAACCUAUUAAAACUUCUUAUUAUUUUGGUGUGAAAUAUAAAAGCCAUGCUCUUAACAGGUUUAAUGAGAUGCAUGCAUUACACGGUUGUUUUACCACAAUUCCUUAAUUUGCUGUAUUGAUAAACGCUUCCUCGUUUGUUCAUGUUUCACAUUCUUGCGCCACAACUCAGUCCUGACCGUUUCCAGAAGGAAAGGAGUAUUUUUUGCACUAUAGCUUUCACACACACGAUGCAUAUAGUAUUGAAUUGCACAAACUGUCCAUAAUCAUAGUUCCAUAAACACAGCGUAUUAUCAGACAGAUGUUUUGCCUACCAGGUCUCAGGAUAAAUAUUUCUCAAUGAUAUGAAGAUGUUGUUUUGUACAGUGUAGAUUUGUUAUGUAUUCCCUGUAAUUGCAAAUUUAAUUCAUAAAUUGCAAGAUUAACUUUGACAACGUCUUUGGUAUUAAAAUCGGUGCAGUCUUUAAAAUUUGCCUUUCAUUUUUAUACUCUGGACAGACUGUUUAAAUUCUGUGUAGCAAAUAAAUGUUAGUGAUUUACCAGCACGGAAACACACCAGCACAUCUGUUCAAUGUUUCUGUGUCCUUUAUCAUAUGCUGAACAUCUAUUGUCAUUGUAUUGUGUGAGAGAUUGUUAUAUUGUUAAAAUUGUGUAAGCUGUUCACAACUGUUGGGUUUGUGUUCAUUAAACAGUUUGAUAUGAA